GGUUGGAUAAAAGAUUCAUUAGUGAUAAUGACUACAGACCAUGGUGGUUUAAAUAAAAUUAAUAAUGAUGUAAAUACGUAUGGUGUUCAUGGUAAAAAUAGUGAAGAUGAAAUGAAUGUAUUUUUAUCUGUUUGUGGUCCUGGAAUAUUAGCCGCUUCAAAAAUUAAAGGGAAUUUAAGCAACUUGGUUUGCGCUCCGAUAGCAUUAAGUGCACUAGGGAUAGAAGUGCCUGAGUAUUUUGACAUAAAAUUGCCAUUUAUAUCUUUGGCAUAA